AUUUUCGUGUAGAAUGUCGCUUUCAGAUUUACCUGUUCAUUUGUAACAAUACUCUCAAGGUCGGAUGAUUAUUCCUCUCACCCUUGGACAUCAAUUACAAUAAUUUGUAUGCACAUUAUAUACCAGUUGUUUCUAUUAUUUCCGUUCCUUUUUUUUCUUAACAAAAAUUAAUUUUUAUGCUUAGCCAAAAAAAGAAUAUGCAUGGAACACUAUCAUGAGAAAUAUUGGCACAGAAAAUGAAUAUUUUCUUCUCUAAUUACCACAGAUGAAGAUGUUUCUUACCUGCCCUGACCUGUUGUUUUCCCUCUAUCACCCAUACCACAUGGUGCAUAUUUUUCAUGGGGUUUGAAGUACAUUUUACAGUGAAUAUUUAAUUUUAUUAUCAUUAUAACUAAUAUUAUUAUUAUUAUUACUACUACUACUACCACUACUAUCGAAUCAGUAACGGAAGUUUAGAUGGAUGGAUGCAUGCAUGUAUAAGCAUACAUACACACGCUUACUGAUGAUGGUCAUGAUGUCUGAAUUUGUUGACUAACUACACAAUUCAACACUUUGUUCUAAUAUGCACACAAGGCAAUUUUUAAAACUGUCUGUCUGUAUAGUGGUCAUUGUAUGCUAACUAAUAUAGAAAAAUAAACCUACAAUGGAUACAGUGUGUGCAUUCGUCGAUCAUUGUUUGAAGAUUCACUAUCUCCAAUAUAAUUGUUAGCAUUUUACAAAAUGAUAGAUAUUGUUAGUCAUGGAUAUAUUAUGUAAACAUUGGACGUUUUGAUUCGACGUAUAUUUUAUUUUAUUGAAAACAACAAGGGUAAUUGUACUCUUCAGAAAAAUUUUAAAGUCCCAAUAUGCCUCAAAAUAUGAUACAACAUAUUCAUCUUUAUGGCUUAUUCUCAACAGGGAACUUAGGAUUUCUACUACAACCAAAUAAAUCUACUGAUCAUUGUUUUUAUUAUUAGCUGGUAUCAAUUUCUAUGUUUCAUAUAAUGAAUAACAGAUAUUUUCAAAUAUUAUUAGCUAUAUGGACUUUUCAGUGGAUUGUAUUAUUUCCAAAGGAAUGUUUAUCUGUGGAAGAAAUUGAAUUACGUCUAAAUAUGCGCGAAGAAAUUGCCCCAUUCACACGUAUCGGUUCAGUUAUAUCAAGUUUACCACCGAAUUUACGCUCUCAACUACACUUUUUAACUGAUAGUACAUUUUUUACAGUAACACCGACAACUGGUGAAAUACGUGUUGCCCGCUUAAUUGAUCGAGAACGGCUAUGUCCUGAAUUUAAACUCUGUUGUGGUGUAGUAAUAUGUGAAUUAAAGGCGAGUAUUUUUGUAACAAAUAAAGCUGCUGGAGAAUUCGCGGCUAGUGUAGCACUGAGAGUGGAAGUUCAAGAUCAAAAUGAUAAUAGACCAACAUUUAGCUCAGAAAUUCAAACAGUUCAGUUAUCCGAGGGUACUUCUGUUGGGACGUUAAUCAGUAUUGUUCCAGCAACAGAUGCUGAUAUUGAUCCUGAAAACCAGAUACAACGUUACACUUUGGUAGAACCUACUGGUACAUUUAAAUUAGAUUUAUCAGGUCUUCCUGCAGUUUGCCUGGAGUUGUUACGUCCUCUUGACAGGGAACAAGUAGCAGAAUAUAAAGCCAGCAUAGAAGCAUGCGAUCCUGGAGCAUGUACUCGGCAAACUUUAGAGAUUCAAGUGCUUGAUGAAAAUGAUAACAGUCCAGUUUUACAGAAUACGAGAUUUAACAAAAGAUUAAUUGAAAACACCGCUGUUGGUGCUGUAGUUAUGCAGCUUAAUGCUACGGAUCCUGACUCUGGGGAAAGAGGUAGAGUUCUGUAUAGUUUUCAUGGGAAUGUUGAUGCUGAUUUGAUUGAAACAUUCGAGCUUGUCAGAGAUACCGGUGAAAUUCGACUCAAAAGGCCACUAGCAGCUAAUAUACGUGAUAUUUACGAAUUUAAAGUUGUUGCCUGUGAUGCUGUAAAUCGAGCUUGCAGUGGCAAUGAAAACUCGACAGCUGAUAUAACAUUUACUGUACAGGAUGUGAACAAUUUCCCGCCUUCCAUUCAUGCGGUAGCUGCUGGUGCAGCAUUAAUCAGCAGUUCAUCGGAUCAAAGCAAAGGGAGCAAGCAGGAUACCAGUGAAUCUAAUUCGAAACCAUUCGAUGAACCAAAAUCUGGUGAUGGGCUUAGCAUACUGGAAAAUUCACCGCCAAGUCAAAUAGCAGUUUUAACAGUUCGUGAUGAUGAUACAGGAGAAAACUCCAAAGUUUCUUGUUCUUUAAAUCAAACAAGUGAUGAUAUGCAAUCAAAUGUCAGAAGAAACAAACAAGACUUUGUCCUUACACCUAGUGCCCCUGGAAUUUUCUCUUUACGUACAGCAAGAGUAUUUGAUUAUGAAGUUGAAUCGACUGUUCGAACAACUAUUGUCUGUCAUGAUUAUGGCAAACCACAACGAUUAACUUCUGCAAGAGUUAUUACUGUACAAAUUAUUGAUGUGAAUGAAUUUCAGCCAGAAUUUUCUCGUCGUGUAUAUGUUGGAAGAGUACCUGAAAAUGCACCACCUGGAAUGGAGAUUCUUACAACCACAGCAAUAGACCGAGACAGAGCAGCUGUACUAAACUAUCAGUUCGCUGCCUCACCAUCUCUUUCAUCACCUUCACGAGAAAAUGGAAAACAAGCUUCUAAUUCUGACAGCUUCCAGUCAGACGACGGAGUUAAUCAGUACUUUGUUAUUGAACCGGAGACUGGAAUUAUAAGAACUAGUCAAAUUCCACUAGAUCGAGAGAAAAUUGGAAGUGUGACGUUAGUGGUGCUUGUAACAGACUCAGUUUCACCUCCGAAAUUCACAGCUACAACAACUGUAUCUAUUGAAGUGCUCGAUGAAAAUGAUAAUGCUCCUGUAUUUACAAAUCCACCAACAAAAUCACCUGACACACCUCAGAGUGACAGUGAUAAGUUUGCGUUUACAGUGAUGGAGAACGCGCCACGUUUUACACAAUUAAACCAGAAGUUAGAAGCUAAAGAUCCCGAUCAGGGUGACAAUGGAAGAGUACAAUUUUCCUUACUCGCAACCUAUGCUCUAACAAAACCAUCAAGAGGUCACCAGUUCAUUGGAUCUUCUUCAAAUAUGUUGAAUAGUUUUGAACAGUUCAGUGGAGGUCCUGAUCCGAACCUCAGUGAUGAGGCUGGAAUAACACGUCAUGUAGUUGACCAACCUAUUUUCCGAAUUACACCAAAUGGAGCAAUCGAAACUUUAAUAGAGCUGGACAGAGAAACAGUGCCUGCAUAUAUUCUUAAAAUCGGCGUUCGUGACCGUGGAGUUCAGCCACUUGCAAGCACCACAAUGUUAAGGGUAAAUGUACUGGAUGCAAACGAUAACGCCCCUCUAUGGAUUUUCCCAACUCCUGUAGAUAGAACAAUAAAUCUAACUACUGCAAUGAAGCCUGGAAGCUUAGCUGGUAGACUAAGAGCGGAAGACGCAGAUUCCCUAGAAGCUGGUCGAGUGGAAUAUCUUUUCCUAGGUCCAAGAGGUGAAACGAUUGAAGGUGUUAGCCUUGAAGAAGGCCUACUCAAUGUUAUUAAUCCUCCUAAACCAAGAGUAAUAAAAACAGCGAAAAAUGGACAGAAGCCAUCUUCACAGGUAGAAGACUUAAAAGGCUACCGUGCGGGCCCACUUUAUCUGAAUGGUACGACUGGUGAAAUAUGGGUGGCUCAAGCACUGUCAUCAGGCACAAUCAAUUUGCAUUUACGAGCACAAGAUCAAGGAACUCCACGUUCACACACUGAUGCAUGGCUAACAAUAAAUGUCUUUAUCGACCCUAGCGAAAGCAUCGGAUUCUUGAGUUUUGGUGGAGAUGGUACGUUGAAUGUGACUAUAAUUUUGGCUAUGAUAACUGUAACGGCCAUCAUAUCCCUAUUUUUGAUCAUCGGAAUAGUGUGUGUCAGACGGAGACCUAUGAGAUACGCUAUGGCUCGCAAUGUAAAUGGUACCGAUGGCGCUGUUUCACCAGGAAAUGCAACUACAACCUUUUCUAUGGAUAUGACAAAAGAUACCAUGUCAACAAAUAUUAAUGGUGGUUGGUCUUCCCCUGUAGGAACCUAUGGUGCAAACCAUUUCAUACCAGGCCAAGCCAAUGCUGGAAAUACAAUAAUAGAAGAUGGUCAAAUGUUUACAACACUAUAUGGACAUGGAGGGGUAAUGGGAUAUGGGGCGGUUAUGUCUCCAAGUGAUACAGCAAGUAUGAUUUAUGUUCCACAAGCCCAAACUACACCGAAUAUGAUGGGUUCCAUGGCAGGCUCAAUGACACCAGUUCCAGUUGACAUGACACCAACAAGUCCAGAAUAUCCCUCUCGAAACCAGAUGCACACUUUUGGGACCUUAACACGAACUCGUGGUUCAUUGGGACAAAGUGUACUUGCAGCACCACCAGGAUGUGCACUGGCUUACGAACCCCAUUUAGACGCUGAUAGUGGAGAUUCUGGGAGAGGUCCAUCUGAAGAAGGCAAUCAAUUUUUAUUAACAGAUAAUUAUCGCAAUGGAAUGAAUAUUCCUGGACAGCAUAGUACAUACCAAUACAAUACGUAUUCCGGAUAUAGACCAACCAGUAGGAUGGGUUAUUACAGAAAUCCUAGUCUAGAUAAUACUGGAAGUAUGACGAAAAUUCACUCAAUUAACUGCCAAAACCCAGCACCAAGUGGUUCAUGCGCAUGCUAUAUGGUUCCAGAUAAUACAUUAAUACAACCAGUAGCUCAGUAUGGACAUAAUAAUGGUAUAGCAGUUACCUAUCAUCCAGCACAAUUAUCACCCCAAAAGACAAUGGAACAACAACAGUCACAACAAGUUCAACUUAUUCGAGGCGAACACAAUCUACCUCCUGUGCCUCCACCUCGAAGUCCUCAAAUGCCUGGUUCUAAUAUCACUUUGCGUAGAAACUAUGGAGCUAAUAUGCCAUUAGGCUUAAUAAAGUAUAAUGAAACACCAUCGUCAAUGAAUAUGAAUACAUCUGAACUUUAUCCGCAUACAGAUGGUUAUAACGAGUUGAUGAAUUCAAACAACAAUUUUAAUCAUAAUGGUCUUCAAGAAAACGAUGAUCACUCAGGUGACCCAUCGUCAAACAAAAUUCAAACUCCGUUAAGAAUAGACUUACGAGGUCAGUCGACAGCAGAUUUUAAUACAUCAGAAAAUGAUAACGACAGUUCAUCGAAAAACAACCGAUUUCUACGAAAUGGUCUUGGCGUUGGGCUACCUCCGUUAGCUAGUAGUCAUGUCUCUAAUCGUCCAGUAGACUCACAAUCAACGCAAAAGUCGAAUUCAAUCGCAGAAGCUCAAGAAACUAAACUAGCGGCAUGAACAAUAUUAUUUUUUGAAGACAGCAAUAAAACUUUAUCACCACGAACAAAUUCAUAUACAUCAGAAUUCUCUUAUUCACUUAUAAAUAUCACUAAACACUUCUAACAUCAAUCAGAAUAAAAUAUUCUAUUGUGUAUUACUGAAAUAUUCAUUCAAGUAGGUUUAAUAAAAGAAGGAUGAACUAACUGAGUAAUACGUUUACAAAGCAAUGAAACAAUAAGUAUCUAUAAAUUAACACAUAUAUACACAGAAUCAUAAUAUAAAUUUGUCGCCUUUUUUUGUCUGGAAAGAAGUUGGAAAUAAAAACUAAAAACUUUAGGAAAACUUGGCUUUUACUAUUUUUCUCCUUUUCUGAAUAAAACAAAUUUCACUGAAAUCCUUAGAGAUAUUGGAUAAACAGGACUAAUAUGUCCGGUUAGUCACUUAACACAGUGAUAAUUGCUAUGUAACUUCAAGUAUAUCCUAAAAACUCUAACCGCCUAUUUUGGGGUUUCUUUUUUAAUUUUUCUUCCCACUAAAUUCAAACGAUACAAUAUGAACCUUUUGUGAAGUGAUCACACUGAUGAGGAAUAAACUACAAGUGAGUACAAGAACAGACAAGUGAUAAUGACACCGGUUACAUAGGCAACAACCGUGAAAAUUACAAACUAUGCUUAAACAUCAUGAAGACAAAAACCUAACUGUUUUUGCAACAAAAAAAAUAACAAGGUAUUACAGAAGAAGCCAGCUGCAUGAGGCAUUCUUUUUUACAUAUUCAAAAUUUGGUAGUUCUGCUGAACGACUGUUUUAAUUUCAUAACAUGUUAGGAUCAUAUCUGAAUUUCUUCACAAAAGAUUGUGCUUUUUCUUUUUUAUAUAUGUAGGCUGUUCAUACAGCAUCCACUGACAAUGAUAUGCCGUUAUUUAGCACUUACCUCCCUAAUGACUCCUGCAUGUGACCUUGAGGACGAACAUCUAUAUGAAUUAGUGUGAAAAGUAUAUAUAUAUAUAUAUAUAUAU